GCCAUGCCUGCAAUUCGCUAGUCUUGGUCCACGACAUUCUUAAUGGGUAAUUCACGACAAGCCUGUAUUUUACCGCGCGCGAUUUUCCCUCGUACUUACAUAUUACCGCUAAGGACGUCUUGUAACCAAGUCUAUGAACCUUUUUUGUGUACAUUAUUCUGUAUGUGGCGUACAAAAAGUGGUGCAAAACAAGGGAGGGCGCCUUUGGCUUUGCAACAGCGCCACGUCCGUGUGAAAUGCCUUUAAACAACUGGCUUGCAAAAAGAGAACAUAAACAUGGGUAAGCGAAAAGAAGAAAGACAAUCAAGUCCACAUGUUGACGUAGGUGAAGAAGAGUUUUCUAAAGACUCUUCCAGCAGUUCACACAAGAAGCACAAGAAACACAAACACCAUAAGAAACAUCACAAACACAAGAGGGGUCAUCAUGACAGCUCCAGUCCACUACGCAGCCCUGAACCAGUCCUAUCCUCUGAGCCUAUCAUGAGUGACCCAUCUGGCAAACCACAACUGAAGCUCAAAAUCAAGAUUGGAGGACAGACACUGGGGACAAAAAGUUAUGACAAAGUCAUCUCUCCACGUUUCUCGAGUGAAGAUGAAGAUGAGGACGAAGACGAAGAUGACGAUAUGGAAGAGGCAGACAUUGAGGAGGCAGGAGAUGAUGAUGAGGAGGAGGAGGAGGAGGAGGAGGAUAUGGAAGAUGUUGAGGCUGAGCAAGUGGAGGUGGUGCAAGAUGAUGAAGAUGAAGGAGAAAGAUUUACCCCAUGGCAAGAUCAGACACCUCCAGCCUCCAUCCAUGGAUCACCUUCAGAAAAUCCUGAUGAAGAGGAGGCUUGGCUUGAUGCCUUGGAGGCAGGCCAGCUGGAUGAUUAUGGGGAAAUCAAACGAGACAAAGAUCCUUCCUUACUCACAGCUAGGCAGAGAGCAAUGCUUCACGGGAUGUCUGCAGAGGAGGAGAAGCAAUUAUUGCAACUACCUAGCGGAGCUAAACCCCCUGAGAUGACUGUUGAGAUGCUCGAGAAAAAAGCUGAGAAGGCUCAGAAGAGACGAGCGCAGGCGCACAAGAAGGUGGAGGAACAUAAGAAACAAACCAUUGCAAGACUGUUGAAGAAACAAGACAGCAAGUUAAAAGGAAUGAAGGCCAGAUCAAGGCGUGGAGCUGAUUCACCUCGCAUUCGCUACGUUAGUAACAUGCACAGAGUGACUCUAUCAUUCCCACUGGGUAUGCACUAUCCACUGGACAAGCAAGUGGCACAAGCUCCUAAGCCAGUGGUUGUAUGUGGAGCAGCAGGUUGCAGUAAUCCUAAGAAGUACUCUUGCUCCAAGACUGGGAUCCCUCUAUGCAGCUUGGAGUGUUACAAGAGGAACUUAGUGGCAGUACAGCCAGUCACUUGUGCAUCUUAAGCAUUCCUAUAAAUCCUUCAAAACGACCUGGUCAAAUGAAGCACAAAGAAGGGUACUAUUGGGCUCCUGUGCCGCGGGGAUUGGGAGGAUUUCAGAUGUCCUAGCACAAUAGAAAUAGGGUUAAAAAACAGUGCAGUCCUCUGAGCCAGUAAAGUAAUGAAAUGGUCCGGGGUUGGGAAAAAAUGUUGCAACCUGAGGCCACUUCUGCGAAUGUGUACAAAGUCUAUGGAGAGUCAAGAAAAAUUUUCUAAGUA